CCCUCGGCCGGCUGCCGGCGGGGCGGCUGCGGCGCUGCUGGGCGCUCAUCUGCGGCUGGGUCUGGGCCGGGCUCGGCGUGGCCUCCCCUUGGCUCCGCCUGCCGCGGCCCCGGCGCCUUCUGUGCGGCUUCCCCGGGCAGAGCUCCGCCGCUCGGCAGCCCGGCCGCCGGCAGCGAGCCGCCGGUGCCCGCUGCGGGUGCGGCAGCCCGGCCCGGGGUGGUUGAGGGGCGCUCGGGGGCCGUGCCGGGCCCCGGGCCGAACGCUGACGGCCACGUCUCGCCCGCACGGAAGGCCAAGGAGCCCCUGCAGAAGCGGUACCGGGUGGGUUCGCUGCGGGGCAGCGGCGGCUUCGGCCGCGUCUACGCGGGGACCCGCCUGGCGGACGGAGCCCCAGUGGCCAUCAAAUGCGUGCCCCGGGAUGGCAUCCGGCAGUGGGGCGAGCUGCCUGACGGCACCCGGGCACCCCUGGAGAUCGUGCUGCUGGACAAGGUGUCCAAUGGGUUUUGCGGUGUCAUCCAGCUCCUGGAGUGGUUUGAGCUCCCCAGCAGUUUCUUGUUGGUGAUGGAGCGUCCGGAGCGCUCUCAGGACCUCUCUCACUUAAUCACAGCGUGGAGGUUCCUGCCGGAGGAGAUGGCGUGGGAGCUGUUCCGCCAGGUGCUGAAGGCCGUGCGGCACUGCAGCAGCUGCGGCGUCCUGCACCGGGACAUCAAGCCCCAGAACAUCGUCCUCGACCUGGCCACCAGUGAGGCCAAGCUCAUUGACUUUGGAUGUGGCACGUUCCUUCAGGACACGGCCUACACCCAGUUUGCAGGAACACCAUUGUACAGCCCACCAGAGUGGAUCUGGCUCAAAAGCUACCACGGCGAGGUGGCAACGAUCUGAUCCCUGGGCAUCCUGCUCUACCAGAUGGUCUGCGGGCAGCACCCUUUCUGGAAAGGCAGGAGCACCAUCUGGGGCCAGCUCCCGUUCCCACGACGGGUCUCUCG